AUGCUCCUCAGUGAGAAGAGCGUGGUCACCUUCUUCUCCUCUAGCUCCGGGGACGCCAGAUGGAAGCCGGACCUUACGAUGGGGGGUAACACCCUCAAGUUCGAUCCCUGCCCCAAACUCCUGGGGCUGGUGAUCAACAGGAUCCUGUCCUUCCAGCAGCACGUCGACAAGGUGGUCGACAAGGUUCGCAAACGCUGCAACCUCCUGGCCUGCUUGGGGACUUCAAACUGGGGCUGGAGGAAGAAACCCUUGCGGAGAGUGUUUCUUGCCACCCAGCGGAGCAUCAUGGACUUUGCCGCCCCUGCCUGGCAACCAUGGCUCUCCAAAACCCAGAUGGAAAGACUCGACCGCGCCCAGAACCAGGCCCUCCGUCGGGUUACUGGGCAAGCCGCCUCCACUCCAGUUGAGGCCCUGCGUCUGGAGAGCGGCAUGCAGAGCUACCGGACCAUCUCUCAGAGACUCACAGCCAUCUCCCGGGAGAGAGCCUCCAGGUGCCCCGAGGGCCAUCCCGCUCGGAUCGCCCUGGAAAAGGACCAACCUCACCAGCUCUGCAGAGACAGCUGGAGAGAACUCAGCAACAGGAUCAGUUCCACCCUCCCCAACGAGCUCGCCGACAGGGAGCCCCUUCCCACCAUUGAUGAAGAGGUUUGGACACAACAGAGACGUUGGCGGGUCAACAACACCGUCGGAGGCUUGGGACGCUCCGAAGAGACGAAACAGAAGGCGACCGAGACGAUUCGGAACAUCGACGCCACAUGGACCAUCUACACAGACGGUUCCGCCAAAGAUGGGACUAGGGAUGGAGGGUCAGCAAUGGUUGUUACGACAGGUGACCCCCUCGACCCUCAAACCAUCUUCUCCGAGACGAUUCGCGGCAGGAUGCUCACCUCCUCGUUUGACGAAGAGAAAGAGGCACUGGAAGCUGCAGUUAGGUGGUUGGAGGAUAACACCCCUAACAACCGUGAAAAGGGCCUUAUUUGCACUGAUAGCCAAGCCCUGACAUCGGCUCUGGCAAACGACAGCAGAGAAGUGAGCAACAUCACUAGAAAACUUGACACGCUCAACCGCGAGAUCAUCAUUCAGUGGAUCCCUAGCCACGUGUGCAUUGUAGGGAACGAGAGGGCCGACGCUCUGGCCAAUGAAGCCUCUGGGUUGAAGGAGAGAGCAAAGCCAACCACCUACAAGACCGUCGUAGCCACCAUCAAACGUACGAUUAAAGACCCAAGCCCCUCUCACGCCAGAACAGCUCAAGUCUGUCAAGAGAACGUGACGAAAAGACCCUUCUGUCGAGAAGAGACGCAGUCAUGCUAG